UUUGGGAAAUAUAGAGAUCACUACGCGAUCCCAGUUUGCUCCACCACUAACCACUGCGUUUGACACUGCGCCGCACACCGCGAAUGUACCCAGCUUGCUUACGUGAUUGUUCAUUCAUUUAGUUUCAUUUCUUUUUACUCUGUAUUUACUACAAAGUAGUGAACUCGUAGCGAAAUCUUCGCAAGACUACAGACAGGAUGAUGAGCUGCUGGCUUAUUUACAGCUUCCUAAUCGUCCUUUGUACAUUCAUCCAGGUUACCAAACAAGAAACAAAUGCCGACGUUCUCGUAUUUACAGUGGCAUCAAACCACACCGACGGCUUCAAGAGGUAUCUCAGAUCAGCAAGAGUUCAAGGAUUUGAGGAGAAUAUCAAAGUAUUGGGUUUUGGCCAGCCUUGGAAAGGGGGUAAUAUGAAAUCCAUCGGCGGUGCAUAUAAAAUCAAUCUUCUAAAAAAAGCCUUAAAAGAAUUCAAGAAUGAUACGGAAAGAAUAAUUUUAGUUACCGAUGGUUACGAUGUCAUCUUUUUGAUGCCUUUGGAAGAUAUCGUCAGUCGAUUCAAGUUGUUCGACGCUCGAAUUUUGUUCUCAGCAGAAGGCUUUUGUUGGCCCGAUAAAUCAUUAGCAUCUCAGUACCCUGCAAUUGGCCGAGGUGAACCUUAUUUAAACUCUGGUGGCUUCAUUGGUUAUGCUUCAAAUGUCUAUGCGAUGUUGACAACUUCCAAAGUUAAAAACAGUGAUGAUGAUCAAUUGUUUUAUACGAAAAUUUACCUGGAUCCAGCGUUUAGGAAAAACCAUAAAAUAAAGGUGGACCAUGAAGCGGAGAUCUUCCAGAACCUCAACGGAGCUGUUGCUAAAGUGGAAUUGAGGUUCAAAAGAAAUGAAGCAUAUCUCCAGAACAUAGCUUAUAAUACCGUCCCCAUGAUAAUCCAUGGGAAUGGCCAAAGUAAAGUAAUUCUGAACGCUCUUGGAAAUUAUCUCGCUAGAGCGUGGAGUCCGGAGGAGGGAUGUCUGAACUGCCGUGACGCCAUCACAGAACUUCCUAAUGACCAUCAGCAAACAUAUCCGCCUAUACUCAUCGCAAUAUUCAUCGAUAGACCUACGCCUUUCCUUGAGGAAUUGUUCGAAAAAAUCUACCAACAAGUUUACCCAAAGUCUAAACUGCAUCUCUUCAUUCAUAAUAGUGAACCUUACCACGAUUCUGUUGUUCAGAAAUUUAUUGACAAUGGUGGAAGUGAAUACAAAAGUAUAAAGAUUAUCAAUUUUAAUGAUCAUAUUGGUUUCUCUGCUGGUAAAACUCUUGCCAUGCAAUAUUGUUUGUCGAAGGACUGUUCUGGUUACUUCUCGGUGGAUUCUGUGGCCCAUUUAGAUAACACAUAUACACUCAAACUUCUAGUGGAACAGCAAAGGGGUAUCGUUGGACCUCUUCUAGUCCGAGAAGAACAGACUUGGAGUAAUUUCUGGGGAGCUGUCGCUGAUAAUGGAUACUAUGCUCGAAGUACUGAUUACAUGGAUAUUAUUCAGAAUAAAAGACGGUAA